AUGGCUCCACGAAUAUGUCUGCAGGACAUUCUCUGUCCUCAUUUUUACGAGAUCCGAAAAUCCAUACUUCGUCACAUUUCCGCAUAUGACGCAGCUAAGCUUGAACGAUUGGGUGCUCUAUCGUUAGGGAUGAAUGAGAGAGCUCGAUACCUAAAUCCCAUUCGUGACUUACUAUGGGACACGGAUAAGAUCCAGAAUCUACUAGGACAAGGCAUGAGAAUAACCUUGAUUGGCACCGACGUGCCUGCUCUGGACCAAAGACUAAGCGAUACACAACGCUACCUGCGCCGCAACAAGCAUCACCGCAGACUACAAAUAUACCUCCUAGGGACUUUUCCAAUGCAAGGAACCUCAAAAGAAACCUUAUACGAAAUGAUGAACUUCGGCAUCACCGGAGCAAGCUGCCGCAGUCGCAGUAUCAUUGAUCGAAUACAGCUCCAGAAACUUCAACAAAGCUUACUUCAAGACCCCGAGCCAGGAAAGGAAUUCAUUAUGUCAUUUGGGGUCCCUAGUUUGCUCAAUUCUCGAGCCAAUGCUAAAGGCUACUGGUAUCAAGAGAAAGACAUUCCAGACCGUACCAUCGAUCUCAGAGUCUAUGUCCCAUGUUUUGAUGACAGGAUGUGGGACGAGAUAAGACUACCUCCCAUAGAUGCCUUGCAUAUUGCUGGUGGGCUGAGCCAGGCACUAAGAACCAUCACACAAGUCUUCGUACACGAGCAACAUAUGAAUAAGGCAGACUUAACACAAGAAGGUUUUAGGCCGUUGCUAGCCCCUAGAAAACGACCGUUAGCACUUAGAAUAAGUGUGUUUGUAGUUAGUCUAAUUUAA